UCUUCCCUGCCCCCCUGGGCUUUACUGCAAUGCCUCAGGUCUGUCUGUUCCCAGUGGGCAAUGUACUGCUGGGUUUUACUGCCAAGGUGGUGCAGCUGUCCCUCAACCAAUUGAUGGCACAACUGGGAAUAUCUGCCCAGUGGGGACUUAUUGCCCUGCAGGAUCAGCAGUACCUGAGCCCUGCCCAGCUGGCACCUUUUCUAGCGUGCCAGGGCAGAGGAUGCUUUCCGAGUGCCAGCCUUGCCCCUCUGGCUUUUUCUGCAAGACACCUGGCCUCAGUGCCCCCACUGGAGAGUGUGGGGAAGGCUAUUACUGUGACAGCCAGCAAGAACCAGUCAUUGAUUUUACCCUUUACCCCUGCCCACAAGGUUUUUACUGCCCACCAGGGACCCACCGYAGCACUCAGUACAGCUGCCCUGCAGGAACCUUUGGACCAAGGCAGAAACUGAAAACUGUCAAGGAAUGUCAAAGAUGCCCAGCAGGAAAAUAUUGUGAGCUCUCUGGACUUGCUGCUCCAACAGGAGACUGUGCUGGGGGAUUCUGGUGCAAAAGUGGUGCCCAAGUAAGAAACCCCCAAGAUGGAGAAUCGGGACUGCCGUGUCCUCCUGGUUAUUACUGUCCUGAAGGUGCCCCACUUCCCGUACAGUGCCCUCCUGGCACUUGGUCUGGCAGUGAAGGUGGUAGGAAUUUGCAGGAGUGCCAGCCUUGCCCUGGCGGGCAUUUCUGCAACGGCUCUGGACUCACUGCUCCCUCAGGACACUGCAGCCCAGGGUAUUACUGUGUCACUAGGGCCCACACCCCAACACCCACUGAUGGCGUCUCAGGAGCUCCAUGUCCCAUUGGACACUUCUGCCCUCUUGGAUCCAGGAGUCCAGCUCCAUGUCCCCCUGGCUCCUACAUGCUGCAGGACCGUGGAGAGGAGUGCCUUGCUUGCCCAGAGGGUGAAUACUGUGUCCCUGGUGAGAAGCCUAAGCCAUGUCCCCAGGGUUUCUACUGCCCUAGAGGAACAGGUUUAAACUGGCAGCCCUGCCCACCAGGUACUUACAGCCCUGAGCAAGGACAGGGAAGCAGAACCAGCUGCAGGGCUUGUGAUGGAGGCAAGUUCUGCCAGUAUCCCAAUGCAACUGCUGUGACUGGCGAGUGCUGGGAAGGGUACUAUUGUGCUCAAGGAUCGUACAAGCCUAAUCCGGAUGCUGUGAUACCAGGCCAAGCGGGUCCCUGUCCUGCAGGCCAUUACUGUCCCCGAGGCGCUUCUGUCCCCACACCCUGUCCUGUGGGAACUUUCAGCACAAGAAGCGGGUUGAGCUCCGAGACUGAGUGCUCCCCGUGUCUUCCUGGUCAUUACUGUGAUGCUGCUGGCCUUCUGGCCCCUACCGGACAGUGUGAAGAGGGAUCCUAUUGCACACUGGGAUCCAUUCUUCCCAAAAUCCUGGUUGCAGACAAGACUGGAGGCCCCUGUCCCAGAGGACUGCUGGAAGCGCUGGUUCUCUUUGCAACAGGUGGCCAUAGUCCUAGYGAAGGCAAAGUGGGCCGGGUGUAUCACCUGCUGCUGAGUCUGGCUUUUCCUUAG